CAUGGAGUUCAGUGGAUUUAAGAAAGCUGAGAUGUUUCGAAUUCUCUGCCUAUUGUUGUUGGGUCAGUUUGUGGUUGGCUACCUUCCAAAGAGCUAUCAAGCUGGCUUAGAAGGUAGAACUUCUAUAGAUGAUCUGGUUGAUGAGGACUACGAUGAAGAGGCCAAGCUGGAAGAGCAGGCUGCCAUUGAUGCAGAGUUGAAGAAGGCUAUUCACAGAGCAACAAAAAAUGACGGCUACCCUCUAGAAGAGCAUUCAGUAGUAACUGAAGAUGGCUACAUCCUAACUGUGCACCGUAUUCCUUACGCAAAAAAUAAUAAAGCCGUUGAGAACAAGCCCGUAGUUUUCCUUCAACAUGGAUUGCUCUCAUGCUCUUACCAUUGGAUCAUUCAAGGACCUGGAAAGGCAUUGGCUUACAUUCUUGCCGAUGCAGGGUAUGAUGUUUGGCUAGGAAAUGUCCGGGGUAACUCGUAUUCUAAGGACCACAUCAGCCUUGAUCCCAAGAAGAGAGAUUUCUGGAGCUUCAGCUGGAACGAGAUGGGAUACUAUGAUUUGCCAGCAAUGAUCGACUAUGUUCUGGCCAAUACUGGACAAAGUGGUUUGAAUUACAUCGGACACUCUCAAGGAACCACGUCAUUCUUCGUAAUGGGCUCGCUGCGUCCUGAGUAUAACCAGAAAAUCAAGGCUUUCCACGCCCUUGCCCCGAUCGCAUUUAUGUCAAACAUGUAUAAUCCAUUGGUUCGUCUAAUUGCCCCAUUUGUAGCAGAUCUUGGAGCGGUAAGCAAGAUAUUGGGAAACUUCGAGCUGCUUCCAUCAAGCAAACUUAUUUCUACGCUCGGAACUGCUCUUUGUAAGGAUGGAUCUCCUUUCCAAGCAGUAUGCACAAAUAUGUUGUUCUUGUUCUGUGGCUUCAGUCAUGAAAAUAUGGAUACGUCACUGUUCCCAGAGAUCAUGAAAACGUCUCCCGCCGGAGCUUCAAUUAAUCAGCUUAUCCAUUACGCCCAGGGUUAUAAGUCCGCAAAGUUCCGUAAAUUCGAUUUUGGCCUGAUAAAGAAUUUGGCCGAAUAUAAGGGAAGCCCACCAGAUUAUCCAUUGGGCAAAAUCACCGCUCCGGUUCACUUGUACUAUUCAGGAAAUGAUUGGUUGGCUGGUAUCAAGGAUGUUCAGAUUUUGGCUUCUAAAUUGCCAAAUGUUGUUUACAACAAGAAGGUUCCUCACGAUACGUUCAACCACUUGGACUUCAUGUGGGGCAAGUAUGCCGACGUACUUGUUUACGACGAUUUGCUUUAUAAUAUCAGGAAAUACACGUGAACCAUGGAUUGAUUUAUGGAAAUAAAAUAUUCGGAUCAAG